CUGAAUAACAAGAAGACUCAAGACUAAGCAGAAGAAAGAUGCUGUGCUCUCAUGGAUUCCCAUCUGCCCUCAGUCCAUUCAUGGACUUCUCCUGGCCUGUACGCAGUCUGUGGCCAGAGGUCAGACCUCUGUUCUACCAGCAGCAUGUCAUGCAGAGAGACCUACAGGAGCUGCGCAGCAGUCUGCAGCUGAUGGACAAACUUCAACGCCAGAUCCUGGAGGACACAGAGCCUUUCAGGAACAGCGUGGUUCUGCAGCCAGUCUCCUACCAGCUGGACAAAGAGGGAGAGCACUUUGGCCUAACCCUGGACACUCAGGGCUUUUCUCCAGAAGAUCUGUCAGUCCGGCAGGUGGGCAGGAAGCUGAGAGUCAGCGGAAAGAAGGAGAGGAAACAAGAGGACGGGAAAGGCUCCUACUCUUACAGCCUGCAGGAGUUCAGACAGGAGUUUGAUCUGCCUGAAGGGGUGAAACAUGAAGACGUCAGCUGCCACCUUUCUCCAGAUGGAAAACUCCACAUCCAGGCAGCCAAAGUUCCUUGUAUCGAGGGGACAGAGAGAGAGCUGACUAUCAAGAGGAGCUCAGAGGAGGAACCACAGCAGAGAACAGAAGACAAAAAAUUGUGGUGAACUCUGAGGACUAAAUCGGAUCAGGAAUUAUUCCAAAAGUUAAUCUCCAGAAUCAAGUAGAGAGGUUUCAAAGAAGCAUGGUGAACCCUACACUGUAAAAAAAAAGAAAAGUGUCUCUAAUUUAUAGUAAAAUGUGGGCACCUGUGGUUGCCAGAAUUUCACCGCAUUUAUACGGUAAAACUAAAGGUUACAGUAUUUUCACGGUAAAAUACUGAGCAACCACUGAUUUUUGUCCCUCCACAAGAUGGCAGCAAUAAACUGUCAGUGUUGGAGGUGAUGGACCAGAUCCAUGUAAACCUCUGACCAAACAAUUAAGCACCAAAAAGGAAAUGUUUAAUUUGGGCCUAAAUGGUGAAAUGUGAUUAGGAGAUCACAUAUCACCGAGUCAAGGUUUGCCAGAAUCUCUGAUUAUCAAUCUCUGAUUGUCAAAAUGGAAAGUGUUGGUAAGCAGCCACAAAAUAUAACUCUUACCACUACUUGAUGUUUGUUUUCCAUCAAACCUAUUUGCAGUAAGUCUACACAACAUUUUUUUCUUAAUCCAAUGAUUGUAUAAUCUCCUUUAAAACAUUUUGCUGGUUUUUGUUUAUUUUUAUUUUUCCCUCUAUGUUUUUCCAGAAAUGACAGACAUAUUCCUGCCAGAGGAGCACGGUUUCUCAAAAAACUGAUUACACUUUGGAUGUGAAAAUGAGUCUUAAUCUGAGAUUUGUUGUUUUCUUCCACUGAUGUGUGUGUGAGUGGUGAAAACAGUUGGUGACCGUUUUUAAAAACCAAUGAUGAUUCCCUUGCACGUAAGAGGACUCAGCUUUUCUCUGUUUCCCUUUCUUUAAAGGUCAUGAAACUGAAGACCAAAGCAGCUGCUGUCUUAGCAAAUGAUGAGGAAAGACAACAAGAAAGAAGAAGAAGAAGAAAAAAAAACAUGACAGAUACUUGUUGAAAUUCUUUUUCUCAUCUUAUACUACUGACUCCAAAAACUUGAGUUCACUGCACUGAAUCCAACUAGAACAAAUAAAAUCCGAUUGAACUGUU